CUCACUGCACACGUGCACUACAGUAACGAGGGUAAUACAGACCCUUAUUCCCUAUCUAGUGCACUCUAUUUCCGAAGGGGAAGUGUAUGUUAUCGAGUCUCGGGGUGUGUGAGAGGGAAGAUGGCGGCGAGCGCGUCAGUGAGCAGUGAGGAGGUGAAAGUGGAGCGGUUUAUCAGUCCGGGGAGAGGAAACGGACUGCGGGCUCGGACUGAAAUUAAACCCGGACAGCUGAUCUAUUCUUCACAACCGAUCGCUUUCUGUGUGGCCCAAAAGUUUUUAAAAUCCACCUGCCAGACCUGCCUCUGCAGGGGUGAGAGUUUAUUGAGAUGUUCUCAGUGUAAGAGUUCUCGGUUCUGCAGUGUUCAGUGUCAGAAAGAGGCGUGGCCUGAACAUAAGAGAGAGUGUAAGUGUCUUCAGCGUGUGUACCCGAGAGUUCCCACGGACUCGGUCCGACUGGUGGCCAGAAUCAUCUUCACGCUGCUCAAUGAUCCUGCAGCAGACUCACAGGAACUUUACUCUAUAACUCAACACCAAUCACAUCUGGACGAGAUGAGUGAGGAGAAGAGAGAAGGUCUGGUUCAGCUCUGCUCCAUGUUAAAGCUCUAUUUGGACUCUGAUGUUCCUCAGCUGCCGAGUGGUCUGGAUCCCAUGAGUCUUAUCGCAAGGGUAAUGUGUAACUGUUUCAGUGUGAGUGAUGGAGAGCUGCAGGAUGUGGGAUUGGGACUGUACCCCAGCAUGUCUCUGUUAAACCAUGACUGCAGGCCGAACUGUGUGAUGAUGUUUGUGGGGAAGAAACUUGAACUACGAGCCGUACGGAGAAUCCAGCCAUUUGAGGAGUUGUGUAUCAGUUAUACAGAUAUUUUAGCUCCUCGUGUGGAGAGACGAGCUCAACUGAUGGAUCAGUUUUACUUCCUGUGUCAGUGUCAGAGAUGCAGUGAUGACCAGAGUGACUGUACCAUGUUGGGAGGGGAGGAGUCCAGGUGGACAAUCAUUAGAGACUCGCUGCCUCACCUGGAGACCCUACGACAUGAAGAGAAGUGGGCGGAGCUUAAGCAGGCGUGUCAGGCUCUGAUUGGUGAAAACUCCGCUGCAGUCCCUGACUCUAAUGUGUACAUGCUGAGGGUUUUGGACUCGCUGAUGGACGCCUGCAUCAGUCUGAGUCAGUACGAGACAGCGCUGCAGUACGGGACCAGGACACUGAUAGCAUACCUGCUGCAUUAUCCUGAUCCUCACCCGUCACACGCAGUGGAGCUGCUGAGAGUCGCAAAGCUGCAGCACUACAGCGGAGACGUGGAGCAGGCCGAGAGAACCUUCACACAGGCGUAUGAUGUGAUGAAGGUGACUCAUGGUAGUGAUCAUCCCCUCGUUAGUGAAGUGUGCAGGAAGUUGGCUGAGUGUCAGGCUGAGAGACGACGACUUUAAUCACAUCCUUUUACAUUUUUAGAUUAAAAUUCACUUUCACUGAAAUUAAAUAUUAAACUUUAUCAUACAGCGUUCGAGUGUCAGUGUAGUGCUGAAUAAUAAACGUGGAACUCUGUGGAUUAGUACUCGACUCAGCACAUGUUAAACUCAGUACUCUAAACUCAGAGCUAAUCAUAACUCAUUAUGAUUAUAUACCUACAUUAUAAACCCUGACCUUUGACCCCAAAGCUGAACUUUAAUGCUUUACUGAACUUUAAACACUUACAGCGACCCUGAACACGAACCUUAACACUGAGCCAAAGCUGAACUGUAGAGACGGAAGCGAAGACGAAUACAUUAUUCUCAGUGAACAGAUAAAGUGUUCUGAGCCGACAGCAAGAGACGUUUGUCAGAAAGGGUCACUGGGCGUCUGAUUGAGAUUAGACGUGUGUAUCAGACUGGGAUCCUUGGGACUGGGAUUUUUAUUUCCAUGUGGCAGCGAGCGAGCCGUCAGAUACGAAGCUCACUUUCCAGUUUAGGCCACGCCCACUGUGGGUGUAAAUCCAAAUACAGACGCAGACAUGAGCAUUAGGUUACUCUCACUAACCCCCUAAACCCCUUCGUGUGCCCUGCACCCUUCCUGUCACGGCUACUGCAGACGAACAGCCGCUCUUUAUUUACACUCCACAGAACAGGCUCCCUUUUAAGGCAUCAAGUGGAAGAUCUGAGAUCAGAGGAGAGGACGAGGAUCUCAGCUCAGAUUAUUUAAUCACUUCCUCAGUGUAAAUACUGUAACUGAGUCAGAAAUAUAAUGAUGAAAGGAAAACACUCCUGGGUCUUAAACACACACACACACACACACACACAGAGGGAUUAAAUGUGUCCUGUGGUGUUGAAAAGUUUUGGUUUAGACACGAGGAUCUGUUCGUGAAAAUCUGACACCGACGUGGGGUUUAACCUCCGCAAUCAUCACCAUUACACUGCAGAACCACAGAACCACAGAACACACAGAACCACAGAACCACAGAACACACAGAACCACAGAACCACAGAACACACAGAACCACAGAACACACAGAACCACAGAACAGCGGAGAAC